AUGUCUUGCUCAACGUCGUCCAGUGUCCGUCUCAUAGAAGGAUCCUUGAUCUUCGUCUUCUUGUCUAGGAAACUGUACUUGAACUUGCUGGAGGUCCCCGGAGUCGACGUCUUCCUGGACUCGUCACUUCUUCCUGGACCCCUCAUUGCGUGUUCCUUAUCAGCGGCAAUGCUUUCUCUCGCGUCUGCUAUACUGUUACCACUAUUUUCUUCCGUACCGAGUCCCAGUCCGACGUGCCCUAUCCCUGUUACUGUUGCUCUGACAGGAUACCUAGGCCUACGUCGUCCUGACUGCCGUGUUGUCUCAUUCCUCGUCUUUCCUGAGACGACCGAUUUGACUCAUUGUAUGCUCGUCGUUGAUGUUCAUUUUCUCUCCAACGACGUCAAGAUGUCUAACCACGUCUCUGUCUCGACAGCCGAUCUGCUUUGUCGUAUACUCAUCGGUGAUGUUGAAGAGCGUAUACUCUAUCGGAGAUCCCUAGCUACCUGCCUCUGA